CUGUGCAAUCCUGUACAGAACUCCACCGAAUAGUUUACGCCGGCGGCCAAGCGAUUUUGAAUGAGACGGCAGAGACCGUCUAAUUUAGCUUUGAUUAGAAUUUCGAUGCGCGCUAUAAUUCGGUAAUUCCAAGGGGAAGAUCAGUUUUGCAUUCCGUGUCACGUUACGGCGACUGGGCUAUCUGUCGCCAUUAGGUUAGCCCUCCAAUGGUAGGCUACUCGAUUGACGGUUUUUAAUCAUAUUUUUAGGUAGAAGUGUAGUUUUAGUCUAAUGAGAUCUGCGGUUUAUUGAUAGGCUUGGCUUCUGCGCUUUCAAGGAUAAGACAACGACACGUCCGAGGAGCAAUUGACUCGUGCGAGUGUUUUUUCUCAUCUGUGUCCACGAGCUGAGGAGAAGAAGCCGCAAUCAUGUUCGAGGCGAGAGGGAUUCUUUUUAUUCUGCUUGACAUAGCCUGUUUAAUUAUCGGGGGACUGCCCCUGGCAGCCUUUAACUUGGGCAAAAUCAAGCCCUAUCAGAGGGGCUUUUUCUGUAACGAUGACAGCAUCAGCUACCCCUUCCACCAGAGUACAGUCACCUCCAUUGUGCUCUACACGGCGGGCUUCACUCUGCCCAUUUGCUGUAUGGUCUUUGGAGAGUGCCUUUCAGUCUAUCUAAAGCGCAUCAAAUCAAAGUCCUCUUUCAGCAACAUGUAUGUGGCCAGUGUUUACAAAGCCAUCGGCACCUUUGUGUUCGGGGCUGCCAUGAGCCAAUCGCUCACUGAUAUCGCCAAGUAUUCGAUUGGUCGGUUGCGACCUCACUUCCUGGACGUGUGCAAGCCCGACUGGAAGCUGAUCAACUGCACGGCAGGCGCCUACAUUGAGGACUUCACCUGCACCGGGGAUACGCGCAUGGUCAACGAGGCCAGGCUGUCCUUCUACUCCGGCCACUCCUCCUUCUCCAUGUACUGCAUGCUGUUCCUGGCACUAUACAUUCAGGCCAGACUGCAGGCAGAGUGGGCUAGACUCCUGAGACCAACACUCCAAUUCUUCCUGAUCGCUGCAUCCGUUUACACUGGACUGUCCCGUGUGUCCGACUACAAACACCACUGGAGCGACGUCCUGGCUGGCCUUAUUCAGGGAGCACUCGUGGCCAUACUGGUGGUAUUUUUAGUGUCAGACUUCUUCAAGAAGAGGGUGGAGCCCCAGGAGGAUGUGGAGAUUCCCCACACCAGCCUGCAAGAGACACCCACUAACGGAAACCAUUACGACAGCAGCCCCAACUAAGCUAUAGAGGAGAGGAACCGUUUACUGCAUGCACAUCAUACCCCACUAAGGGUCGGACCACUGGGGUGGAAAGAAAUUAUGAGUCUCAAAUGGUACCCUACUCCCUACAUUGGGUCCUGGUCAAAACUAGUGCACUCUGGAGGGAAUAGGGUGCCAUCUGGGAAUGAACCAGACAUGUGAAUGUAACCCUGCUUUGUGCUUUCCUGACCUAUGACCUGGAGCCAAGCUGUCUGAGCUCCCUAUUGGACUCUUGAGUCCCACCCAUGUUGCCUUGGCUGGACUGCUACUAUUACAGCUUCCUGUGUAUUAUCCAGACCAAUAUAAUGUAUCUUCACCUGAAGCAACAAAAAAAACAUUUUGUUUUAUCCAGCUGUAUGUUAGAAGAAAUCACUAUACAGACUUUUAUUAAAAUUGUUAAGUA